GGGUGGCUCCCGCACCCGCGCCGACACCAGUCUCCCUGGGCGCCGGGCGCUUCCUCAAGCCGGGGCCGCGGCACUCCCGCCCCGGCCGAGCCGCGCGGUGGAUUGUGGGCUAGGGGCUGCGGCGGCCUCGCAGCAGCCUCCGGCGCUCUCAGCCCGGAGCCCAUCGGGCCCGGCGGGGCAGCGGAAAAGGCUGUGGGACGGGGAGCCCAAGUGCUAGGGGCUGUGGUCGCAGCGCGGCGGCGGCGGCAGCUCCCCCGGAGGCCGGGAAUGUGGGAGAGGCGGUGGCAGCAGCGGCGGAGGCGGCGCUGCGGACCCGGGGGAAACUGCUGGCUGACAGGACACCCGGGAGAGACGUGAGGGAAGCCGCCGCUGCCUCCUCUCACCCCAGAGCGAGCAGAGCUGGGCUCGAGAGGGCGGCCCUGUGCUUCCCAGGCCGACCGGCGGCCAGCCAGCGGGCUCCGGGCAGGAAGCCGGGCUCGGGCCCGGCCGUGCUCCCGGCGCCCGGCGGCGACGGCGGCCGCCGAGCAGCAGCCUCGGCUCUACGUGGAGGGUUGGAGGCGGCGGCGAUGCACUAGGCCUCGCUCCGGGGCGGCUGCCCGAGAACCGCAGUUAAGUGGUGAUUUUAUGCAAUGGCUUCAAGCCACAGUUCUUCACCAGUGCCUCAAGGAAGCAGCAGUGAUAUUUUCUUCAAAAAAGAGGUAGAUACAACAAAACACAUUCGACCUGUGCAGUCACUGCCAGAUGUGUGCCCCAAGGAACCCACAGGUGAUUCAAACAGUUUAUGUGUCGCCCCAUCUCUAGUUACAGAUCAACAUAGGUGGACUGUAUAUCAUUCCAAAGUAAAUCUCCCAGCAGCAUUAAAUGAUCCUACAUUAGGAAAAAGAGAAUCUGACUUCUUCACAAAAACAUGGGGAUUGGACUUUGUGGACACUGAAGUCGUACCUUCAUGCUACCUCCCACGGAUCAACAAGGAACAUUUUGCAGUAUAUCAACAGGAAAUUUCUCAGAAAGAGAAGAUUCAUGAAAGAUGCAAGACCAUUUGUCCUCCUAAAGAUACUUUUGACAGAACUGUUUUACAUACUCAUGACAAAUCCAGGACAGAUCUGGAGCAAGUACCUAAGAUUUUUAUGAAACCAGAUUUUGCCUUGGAUGACUCCUUAACUUUUAAUUCAGUUUUACCAUGGUCUCAUUUUAAUACUGCUGGUGGAAAAGGAAAUCGGGAUGCAGCUUCUUCAAAGUUGCUUCAAGAAAAGCUGAGCCAUUAUCUGGAUAUUGUAGAAGUAAAUAUUGCUCAUCAGAUCUCUCUACGUUCAGAAGCAUUUUUUCAUGCAAUGACCUCUCAACAUGAGUUGCAGGACUACCUCAAGAAAACUUCCCAGGCUGUAAAGAUGCUUCGAGAUAAAAUUGCACAAAUUGAUAAAGUUAUGUGUGAAGGAUCACUACACAUUUUAAGACAGGCACUUACUAGAAAUAAUUGUGUUAAAGUAUAUAAUAAACUGAAGUUAAUGGCUACUGUACACCAGACUCAGCCUACAGUGCAGGUGUUAUUAUCUACUUCGGAAUUUGUUGGAGCAUUGGACUUAAUAGCGACAACACAAGAGGUUCUACAGCAGGAACUUCAGGGCAUUCACAGUUUCCGGCAUUUGGGAUCACAGCUCUGUGAACUAGAGAAACUGAUAGACAAAAUGAUGAUUGCAGAAUUUUCUACUUAUUCUCACAGUGACUUGAAUAGGCCACUGGAAGAUGACUAUCAGGUUUUAGAAGAGGAAAGACUUGUAUCUCUUGUAUUUGGACUUUUAAAACAAAGGAAACUUAAUUUUUUAGAAAUAUAUGGUGAAGAAAUGAUUAUUACAGCAAAAAAUAUCAUUAAGCAGUGCGUGAUUAAUAAAGUUUCACAAGUAGAAGAAAUAGAUACAGAUGUUGUUGUGAAGCUUGCAGAUCAGAUGAGAAUGUUGAAUUUUCCCCAGUGGUUUGAUUUGCUGAAGGAUAUUUUCGCUAAGUUUACAAUUUUCCUCCAGAGAGUUAAGGCAACAUUAACUACCAUUCACAGUGUUGUGCUAUCAGUUCUUGACAAAAGCCAGAGGACUGGAGAAUUGGAUGAGAUUUCAGAACAGAAGAAUGUUGCAAAAGAUAAUUCAGUGGACUCAGAAGUGGCUUAUUUAAUCCAUGAAGGCAUGUUUAUAAGUGAUGCAUUCAGUGAGGGUGAAUUAACAUCUCUACCCACUGACACUACCUCUCAAAGAAACGCAUCUCCAAAUAGUGAGCCAUGCAGCAGUGAUUCCGUAUCUGAACCAGAAUGUACUACUGAUUCUUCAUCCAGCAAAGAGCAGACAUCUUCUGCUGUGCCAGGAGGAGUGGAUAUUAUGGUCAGUGAAGAUAUGAAAUUGACUGAUUUAGAGCUAGGAAAGCUGGCAAAUAAUAUCCAAGAGUUAUUGUAUAAUGCUUCAGAUAUAUGUCACGAUCGAGCUGUCAAAUUUCUCACCUCAAGAGCAAAGGAUGGUUUUCUUGAGAAACUAAAUUCCACAGAAUUCAUAACACUUUCUAGAUUAAUAGAAACAUUCAUUUUGGACACUGAACAGAUCUGUGGACGAAAAAGCAUGUCAUUACUUGGAGCACUUCAAAGCCAAGCUAAUAAGUUUGUGAACAGGUUUCAUGAAGAGAGGAAAACCAAGCUCAGCCUCCUUUUAGACAAUGAGCGUUGGAAGCAAGCUGAUGUUCCUGCAGAAUUUCAGGAUCUCGUUGAUUGUAUAUCAGAGGGAAAGAUUGUUUUACCUGAAAAAAAAUCAGUGGCUACAGAAGAAAGGAAACCGGCUGAAGUUCUCAUCGUUGAGGGGCAGCAGUACGCUGUGGUUGGAACUGUAUUGCUGUUAAUAAGAAUUAUUCUUGAAUAUUGCCAGUGUGUAGAUAACAUUCCAUCUGUUACUACUGACAUGCUUACUCGUCUGUCAGAUCUAUUGAAGUAUUUCAAUUCGAGAAGUUGCCAGUUAGUUCUUGGAGCUGGUGCACUGCAAGUUGUUGGACUGAAAACAAUAACUACAAAAAAUUUGGCUCUUUCUUCAAGAUGUCUGCAGUUAAUCGUGCACUACAUUCCUGUGAUCCGGGCUCAUUUUGAAGCUCGGCUACCAACUAAACAGUGUAACAUGCUUAGGCAUUUUGAUCAUAUCACUAAGGACUAUCAUGACCAUAUAGCUGAAAUAUCAGCUAAGCUUGUAGCGAUAAUGGAUAGCUUAUUUGACAAGCUAUUGUCAAAGUAUGAGGUGAAAGCUCCUGUUCCUUCUGCCUGUUUCAGGAAUAUUUGUAAACAAAUGGCUAAAAUGCAUGAAGCUAUAUUUGAUCUCCUUCCAGAAGAACAAACACAGAUGUUAUUUUUGAGAAUUAAUGCAAGUUAUAAGCUCCACUUGAAAAAGCAGUUAUCUCACUUAAAUGUGAUCAAUGACGGAGGACCUCAAAAUGGGUUGGUCACAGCAGAUGUAGCUUUUUACACUGGAAAUCUUCAAGCCUUAAAAGGCCUUAAAGAUUUGGACCUAAAUAUGGCCGAGAUCUGGGAACAGAAGAGGUGAUGAUAUACUGGAGAAGUGGGUAGUUCAUCUGACCAUGGGAUAUGUACGUUCAUGAAGAAAAUCUGGAUGCCUGUGAUGCAAGAGCUGAAUCUGGAACCCAAUGUGAACUGCGGUGGGGGAAGGGGAAAAGACUAUCAGUGCUGGGAAACUAGAUCCAGUGGGAUCUCCAAGGAAUGCCAUUUUGUGCAUCCUUCUGUGAGGAGUAAGUGAUCAGGUGUCUAACAUUUUUCAUUCUCUCUGGAAACAGACUCAGGUUUCUUUGGACCAAAUCCAAAAGAACACAUAGCUGUAACACAGCUGUAGUUGACUAGAAUGCUCUGUAUACUUUAUAUUAAAAAAUGCUUUGCAUUU